AUCUAUCUGUGUUCAGUUUAAACAAGACAUUUACCAGCAGUGCACAAUGCAUAAAAUUUUGUGGUUUUUAAGUGUUACUUACUUUUUGGCAACAUCAGCUACCGAAACCACGUUUGAAAAAAAUGGAAUAACAUUUAAGAAAGACGAAGACGGCGAUUACGUUCUCUCAACACAUGAAAUACUCGCUCUGCAACCUGGUUCAAUCGCUGAUGUCGAAGACAUGGAGACACUUUAUUUGAUAGACGAGGAUUUUACUGAUAUCCAACCUAGAACAUUUCAGAAUUUGCCAAAUUUAAAGAAGUUGAUUAUUACUAUGAACAAAAUCCCGAAGAUCAAGACAGGAGUUUUCAACUGUUUAACGAACUUAACUAGACUGGAUCUGAGCGCUAAUCGCAUUUCCCACGUAGACUCCAACGCCUUUGACAAUAUGACAAGUUUGCAAAACAUAAAUUUGUCAGACAACCGGUUUACAUCUGUGGAUACCCAUUGGUUUCUCUUAACGCCUUCGCUAACAAUGAUCAAUCUUGGCUACAAUGAACUGACUGAAAUACCUGGUAACAUUUUUUCUAAUGUCAAGUCUACAGUACCUUCCAUUUUAUUAUUCGAUGGCAACCAUAUUGCAAAAGUUGAUAAAGAUGCAUUCAAAGGUUUGAAGAUAGUGUCUACGUUGUCACUGGAUUUCAAUAAAUUAAAAACGUUAAAUGGAGAUUUUUUGCGUGGUCUUGAAAUAGACGUGUUGUCACUUAAAAAUAACACUAUUGAGUGUGUAGACGAAAAAUACUUUGCUGCUGUUUUUGUGGCCAACUCUACUGAUAUUUCCGACAACCACUGGACAGCGACGUGUCUUACAGCAAUUGAAACCUGGGCGAAGGAACACAACAAAGUUGUAAAAUGUGACUCUUGAUGGUCAAUAUUGUAUAUCAAAAUUAUGUUAAUAUGUUAAAAUAAAAUUUCAAAAUCCUUAGAAA